AAGUGAUAGGGGCGUCACGGCGGAAGUUGAAGGGCGCCGGCGAGUUUUGUUUAUUUCUGCUCGUUCGUGUCGAAUGUUGUGAAGCUGCUGCGACACAGACGGAGGCAUGUCGGGCUUCAGUUCGGAGCUGAUCGACUACCUGGAGGGGAGGAUCACAUUUGAGGAGUUUGACAGGAAGAGAGACGAGCGGAAGUCCAAGGAGUCCGGGGUGUCAGCUCGGGAUGAGGGAGAGGAAGCUCAGCCCUCCACCUCCACACACAUCCCGGGGAAAAUCGAAGACGGAGUCAGCCCAGGGGUCCAGCUGGCCUUCGCCUCCAUGAUGGGAGAAACAGUAGAACCACCAUCUUCUGAGGAGGAUGAGGAAGAGGAGGAAGAAGAGGAAGAGGAGGAGGAGGAGGACAGCUUGAGUUAUGUUGAUGACCAAGAUGAUAAGGAUUACAAGGUGGAUGAGGAAGAGGAGGAAGAGGGGGGAAAGGUGGAGGUGGUGCUGCCAGAGAAGAAGCAGAGGCGAGGGGGCCGAGGAGGGAGAAGAGCAGAGAGGAGGAGGAGGAAGGAGAAGAAGAUGGAGUUGGAGGAGGAAGAAGAGGUGGAGGAUCCGACGGUGGGAGACGUGUUCGCACUGGAGAUGGAGCUGAACCGAGAAAACAAGAAGAUGAUGAGGGAGCGGCGGCAUCGCAGCAAGCUGCCCCGAGCUCUGAGGGGCCUGAUGGGAGAAGCCAACAUCCGCUACGCCAGAGGAGACAAAGACGACGCCAUUCUGAUGUGCAUGGAGAUCAUCAGACAGGCUCCUCUGGCCUACGAGCCUUUCGCCACGUUGGCUAUGAUCUACGAGGACGAAGGCGACGGGGACAAAGCGCUGCAGUUCAGUCUGAUCGCCGCCCACCUGAACCCGUCCAACUGCGAGGAGUGGGUCCGACUGGCCGAAAUGUCUCUGGAGCAGGACAACAUCCAACAGGCUGUCGUCUGCUACUCCAAAGCCAUCAAGUACGACCCCACGAAUGUGCGCUACCUGUGGGAGCGCUGCAGCCUCCACAUGCGCCUGGGCGAGCACAAGCACUGCAUGGACGGCUACCGCAAGAUCCUGUCUCUGCUGCCGCAGGAGGACGGCGAGCACUUCAUGCAGCUCUCCAGGGACAUGGCCAAGAGUUACUAUGAAAGUAAUGACUUGACCUCAGCUCUGAGUGUGAUAGAGGAAGCUCUGGAACGCCACCCCACCCUUGUCAGCGAUGAUGUCAUCAACAUGGCCUCUGAGCUCUACAUCUCCAGCCGCCAGUACAACAAGGCCAUGCAGGUCCUGGUCCAGUUUGCAGGUAUUAUUUUGAUCAGGGCUGAAUCCACAUCAGACUCCGCGGUACCGACACAAGAGGAAGUGGCGGAGGAGGAGGAGACGAAGACAAUGACGACAACGAUCACGGAGGAGGAGCAUGAGGAAAAGAAGAAUGAUGAAGGCACAAAGACUGUGGAGGAAGUGGCAACAGAGGAGAACGGUGAAAUCCAACACGUCCAGGUACCAGACUCCGUCCCAGUCGACCUGCGGGCCAAGCUAAUCGUCUGCCUCAUUCACCUGCAUGUCUUACCGCCCCUGGAGAUCCUGGUGCCUUCGCUAAUGGAGCAGAGUUCGGAGGAGAUUGGAGACUUGCACCUGGACGUAGCUGAAGCCUACCUGGAGGAGGGUGAGUACCUCUGCGCGCUGCCUCUGCUGUCGACCCUCGUCAUCUCCGAGAAGUACAACCUGGCCGUGGUGUGGCUCCGACAUGCAGAGUGCCUGAAGGCGCUGGGCCACAUGGAGGCGUCGGCAGGCAGCUACACAAAGGUGGUGGAUAUGGCCCCGCUGCACCUGGAGGCCCGGCUCUCCCUGGCCACGCUGCAGCAGCAGCUGGGACGUCCCGACGAGGCCCUCAAGGCCCUGGAGUCCAUGUACGACAGCGACACGCUUUCACAGGACUCGUCGGCCGCACAGAAGGAACUGAAGUUGCUCCUGCAUCGCUCGACUCUGCUGAAGACUCAGGGACAAAUGCAGGAUUACCUGGAUGCUAUGAUCACGAUGAUCUCCAUGCUGCUUAAGGUGGCCAUGCAGCGAGCUAGGGUGUGCGUUCGCUCUGUAACCGUGUCCGGUAAGACUCACCUGAGGCUGGUGAAGGUCAAAGACCUGCUGCCAGAGAACGACGACCACGUUGCUGCCUAUCUGGACAACACCGGUAAGACCAAUGUCCUGUCCAAAGAGGACUGGUGGCAGCUGCUGGUGACCUCUGUGCUGACGCUGGGCGAGGUGCAGCGCUACGCGGAGGCGGAGCUGCUGGUGGAGUCGGCCAUGGAGUUCUACUCCUUUUACGACAACAAGCCCAAGAGGAAGGAGAUGGAGUUCUUCGGCCUGUCCGCCACCAUCCUGGACCGCAACUACUACAAGGCCUACAACUACAUCAGAUUGAUGCUGAUGGAUAAUGUGAAUCUGCCUCAGCUCUGGAAUGUUUUCAACCAGUUGACGAUAACAUCUCAGCACCAGCGACACCAUCGGUUCUGCCUGCGUCUGUUGUUGAAACACCCUGACAACCACGCCCUGUGUGUCCUGUGUGGACACAACGCCAUGGUGUCAGGAAGCUUCAAACACGCUCUGGGCCAGUAUGUGCAGGCCUUCCAGACUCAUCCCGACAACCCGCUGCACAGCCUCUGUGUGGGUCUCACCUUCUUCCACAUGGCAUCGCAGAAGUUCGUGGCCAAACGACACAUCCUGGUGAUGCAGGGUUUCUCCUUCCUGUGGCGCUACGUGGAGCUGCGGGGGGAGUGUCAGGAGAGCUUGUACAACCUGGGCCGAGCGCUGCACCAGAUGGGCCUCACACAUUUGGCCAUACAUUACUACCAGAAGGCACUUUCACUGCCCGCACAGAAACUGGAGGGUAUCGCUGAGGACCAGGUAGAUCUGAGCAGGGAGAUCGCCUUCAACCUGUCACUCAUCUACCAGGCCAGCGGGAACAUGGAGAUGACUCGGCAGCUCAUCAACACACACUGCGUCGUUUGAAAAAUGCCUCGUCGUGUCUGCCAGUGUUUCUCAUUUUGAGCUGGAGACUCAAAAAUCAUGUCCUGCACUACUGAACUGUAAAAAUAUGGAGGACAAAAGAAUGACUCAUUCAUCAAUUAACAACAUGCUGAAAUAAAGAACUACAUAUUUCAUUUUACAAAUAAAUUGAAUAAAUCAAUGGUAUGAAAAUUAUAAAUGAAUAAAUCAAGAAACAAGAAAAAAAGAUUUGUAGAAAUAAAGACCUUUCAUUUGCAUUUAAUUAUGUAUUAUUUCAGUUUUGAUUUAUUUGAAUAAUGUAUUUAUUCCACGUUCAUUUAUGCAGCUAUUGUUUUAUGACUUAGUUGUUUUUGUCCUCCAUAGAAACCGCUCUUACCUUCAGAUUUCUGCCUUGUCACAACGUGUGACAUUCAUGCUGUUGUUUCAGUUAUGUGAUUGAAUGUCUGUUAAUGUUCACACCUCUGAAAAAUAAUUAUUCUCUUAAAGAAAUAUAUUUUAUUGUUGUGACCCAUUUUGUAAAGGCACUUCUAUUUUUCUUAACUAAACAUUUUGAGGCAAAUAAAUGUAUUUUUAAUAAAAAAAAACAACUAAGA